AUGGCGUCGCGCAAGGAAACAAGGAGUGACGAGACAGAGUCGUCCGGUACUACCGAGGCUUCCCAGAGUACGAAUGUAACGUCGCCAAUGGCCAGAAAUGAGGCAGACAACGAAAAUAUCCUUCCUCUUUUAACGCCACCCUCUGAGGAAGAAGCGGUUAACUACUAUCACGGGAUAUUGUCGGAACCUCGGCUGGUAGGUCGUGCGUCUGCUGGCAUCGAAAUAUGGGAGACUUGUAAGCAAGUGAUGGACCGUCUACCACCAGAACCAUUCAUGUACUACCCUCGGAAGCAGCUGGAUUCGAUCGGGAACCACCCUAUACGCAAGUGUUGGAGAGCUGUUCAGCCCCUGGUCGUCGAAGCAAUCUCUGGGCUGCCAUGGACGUCAAUUGACAUCUUUCGGAUCGGAUAUCAGGAUUCCCAACCCGCCGAAAGGCCGGUGGUUGUCUGGGUAGGCGUUGAAACGGCAAGCAUACCAUGGUACAAGGUGGCAGAGGCACUGCGGAGCUGCCGCAAAGCGCUGGACAGUGCAAACCUAAACCUGGCCAAUGUGGACUGCCAGAUCCGUGUCUCGACUGUAAUGUCCUUGGCAGGACCAUCGCUGCUGCCGCCCUAUAGAGAAUCGCCCACGGAUGAGACGGUCUGUGUGACUGCGCAGCCAUUCACAACUACUAUAGGGCAAUCCAUCUUUCCUUUCUCAAAUCCCGGAUUACGAGGCACGCUGGGCAUCUAUGUCAGUCCUGCAAGGACGACCAAGAGUCCAGUCUGGGCACUCACGUGUCGCCACGUCGGUAUACCCAAUGACACAAACCCGGACAACAAGCUGUACCAUCGCAGAAACAGCAGUCAGAAAGCCCUGCGCAUAGGUUUGCCAGCAGAGAAGACAAUGAACGAGUCCAUGGUAGAGAUCCAAUAUAUGAAGGAUGAUUGGACUCGCAGGGCCAAUAAUGUUGACGACGCCUUUACCCGACAGCAACUGGAGGUUGUUAACAGGCUUCAUGGAACGAUAAAAUCGUUCGAGCCAUUGGAGAAUAGAGAAUUUGGCAGUUUGCUUUACUCGCCGCCUGUUGGGAGAGGCCAGUACACAGGAAAUAGCGGGGACAGUCAGCCAUGGACGCGAGACUGGAGUCUCGUAGACUUGGAUGUCAAAAAAUUCCCCGGCGACAUCCCUCCAACAAACAUGGUGGACCUUCGCACCAGAGCGAUGACCCGGAAUGAGGUCAAUCUUCUGCUCAAUCCUCAUGUUAUGAACAAGCACAAAUUCACCUUUCCAAACAACGGGCUUCUUAAAAUAUCGGGAAUCAUCUCCCUCAAAGAGAUGUUCAAACCGGUCACACGCGACGCAGAAGGAGAAAAGGGCUUUCUCGUCGGAAAACGCGGUGCUGUAACGGGCCUGACUUGGGGAAAAGCAUCGGAGCUGGAAUCCACGGUGCGCAAGUGCCUUCCUAGCGGAGGCUCGUUUGAGUCCUUUGAGUGGGCCAUCCAUGGAUCGCUUGAAGACCACCACCGCGCCUUUAGUAAGAAAGGUGACUCUGGUGCCGCUGUGUUUGGUAUUGAUGGACGACUCGGUGGGCUUCUUACUACGGGUACAGGAGAGGAAGAGUCGCAAAAAAUCGAUAUCAGCUACGUGACACCUAUCGAGCCUCUGCUACUCGAUAUUGAGAAGGAAAUGGGUCACGACAGCGGCAUCAUGGCAGAGAUUGACGACAAGACGCUGCUGCACAUUACCAUCACCAACCUGUCUGUUCCCGUCACGCCGCUGAACACGCUGACCUGCCCCACUACCGACUCCGAGAAGGAGAUGAAGGCGAUGCUGGACAUUGUCAGCGACCUUCUCGGCCAGGGCCACGCUGACCGGCGCCUUGGUGACAGCUCCAAGAAGAAGCUCACACUGAUCGACUACGCCGUCGCAGCAGGCUAUCGUCGUCUCACAAACCUGCUCAAGGAUCCGAUCCCGACAAAGCCACGAAGAGCUUCUACCAAAGAGGCUGACAAGGCGAAAGCGCCCAGCAAAGGAAAGGCAACCGACAACGCCAAGGUUUCUGACGACGCCAAAGUGUCCGACAAGAAGGUGCACAGGGGCACCAGAGCGUGA